CAAUUGCAAUUGCAAUAUCCCUUACCUAAAACAUUUAUAUUAUGGAUCUUAUUAUUAUUAGUCACUUCGGCUGUUGUGGCAAUUCCAAAGUCUUAUAAGUCGGCUACUUAAUUUUUUUUUCCAGGCUUAAUAGAUAAGAGGAAAGAGACAGAGAAACCAUAAGGAAAAAAAAAAAAAAAAAAAAAAAAAAAGGGUGGAAAGGCAUGGGAGAAUACAUAUCAACAUUUGGAAGCUCUCUUCUGGUACCUAGCGUUCAAGAACUGGCUAAGGACCCAAUUAUCAAUGUCCCCUCCAGAUAUCUGCGUCCAGAUCAAGACCCAACAGUCAUUUCUGAUCAUGAUCCGCUUUGCUUUCCUGAUAAAAUUCCAGCCGUCGAUUACUACAAUCUGAUUUCUGGAGAUUCAGCUAUUGCUUCCCUUGAGUUGGAAAAGCUCCACUUGGCAUGCAAGGAUUGGGGUUUCUUCCAGUUGGUAAACCAUGGAAUAAGCUCUACAUUGGUGGAGAAAAUAAAAACAGAGGUCCAAUGCUUUUUCAACCUUCCAAUGGAAGAGAAGCAAAAAUUUUGGCAAACUCCAGGAGAGGUAGAAGGAUUUGGUCAAGCUUUUGUAGUUUCUGAGGAACAAAAGCUUGACUGGAAUGACAUCUUCUUCGUGUCCACUCUUCCAGUCCAUACAAGGAAGCCCCACUUGUUUCCUAAACUCCCUUCUCCUUUCAGAGAAACCUUGGAGACUUAUUCAUUGGAACUAAAAGAUCUAGCAAUGGGAAUUCUUGAACAAAUUGAAAAGGCUCUGAAAGUCAAAGCCAAAGAAGUAACAGAGUUGUUUGAAGGUGGUCUUCAGUCAAUAAGGACGAACUAUUACCCUCCAUGUCCUCAACCAGAGCAAGUCAUCGGCCUAACACCUCACUCUGAUGCUGGAGGCCUCACCAUCCUCCUUCAAGUCAGCGAAGUUGAAGGUCUCCAGAUUAAGAAAGAUGGCAUCUGGGUUCCGGUUAAGCCUCUUCCUGGUGCCUUCAUCGUCAACGUUGGAGACGCUUUAGAGAUUAUAACUAUUGGCGCAUAUCGUAGCAUCGAGCAUCGUGCUACUAUAAACUCUGAAAAGGAAAGACUAUCGAUUGCCACAUUUUACAGUCCAAGAUUUGAUGGUGAAAUGGGUCCUGCAUAUAGCUUGAUCACAGAACAAUCACCCCAAAAGUAUAGAAGGAUUGGAGUUGAAGAAUUCUUCAGAGGUCUAUUCUCACGUGAGCUGGAUAGAAAGUCCUAUCUUGAUUCCAUGAAAUUAUGACAUGAUGAUGAUGAACAUUAGAAUCUAGUACUUAUAUAAAUGCAAAGUUACACCAUGUAUGAAAAUGUGUUUUUUGCUACUUCCAUAAAAAGGAGUUGAAUUAGGAACAACACUUUCUGGUUUUGACUGAGACCUCGAAUCCAUGUUCGCAAAGUGAAUUAAAAUUUGCUAGUUCCAUAUAGGUUGGAGAUGGCUUACUGUUUUUGAUGAAUUUAUUCAUUUUGGAUUGGCGUUGUUUUAAGAAAUUUUACUGUUUCUUUAUGUAA